GCAUAGUCGACAGGACCGAUUGCGAACUUCUGGUACAGAGCUGAGUGGAGGGUCUGAAUCAGAGGCUCAGACGGCUCUAACCGCGUAGGUAGCAGAUUCCUCGACUUGCGCCAAAGGGUGGAUGGGUUUCGGGUUCUGCUGAAGACAUCAGGUGUCAACUAUACGCAGGAGGCUGCUACACGAGUAGCAGGAGCUGUGCGGCAUGGACUGGGCGUUUUUUUAGGUUAGAGGGUCUUGGAAAAACACAUGAAGGGCUUUGGCCACAAAGGGUGCAGGCCGAACACAGGAAGAACAUAGAUACAAACAGGAACCAUCGAUAUAACAGUUGUAAAUAGUCAUAGCCGUGUUGGAAAAGUACCAGAGUUCCAAGCGCUAAUAGAAAGCACUGAUGCUCAAAUCGUUAUAGGCACUGAAAGCUGGUUAAAGCCGGAGAUAAUCUCAGCUGAAAUUUUUGCGAAGAACCUAAUGGUGUUCCAAAAGGUUAGGCUAAAUACGGUUGGCGGUGGCGUGUUUGUCACGAAAUUGAAGUAGACAGUUCCUGUGAGUUAGUACGGGCAGAGCAAUGACAGGGGUUGAUAUCACAAGAGGUUACAUAGCUGUUCUUCAACAAAGUCUUCGACACCUGGUGUAGAACAAGAGCCGAUUUGUUGAUAUCACACAAAAUUUGGCGAUCAGCCACCUACCCAAAUGUCAGCAGCAGUCGGGAUUAGACACGUUCGGUUGCUGACUACAGUUAUCAUCAGCCUAUUCAUCAGCAAUCGAAAGUCAGGAUGGAAAUUCUUGGUGGACACUGAAUCAGGUUUGUGCAUUUUAUCGUGUACCUUGUUACAUGGCAGUCGGCAAUCGACUUUGUUCUGCUUACCUGCAGCAAACAAUUCUCUGUUAUCAACACGCAGCAGACUGAAUUAAGAUUUGGGGCUGUGCUGUGCCUUUGAAUGGAUUUUAUGAUUGCUGACAUCGUGUAACCAAUAACUGGAGCACACUUCCGGGUGUACUACCACCUGCUGCCAGACAUGAUAACAUCACCAGGCUGACAGCUAAGGUCAGUUGCGGUAUGUGGCCCAGGGGGUAACUGGGCUAUGGGUUUUUUUCCAUAAGAGUUGUCAGAGGAAUUUCACUUCAAGUGGUUGGCAGCACUGAAGGACAAUGGCGUCUUCCUUGAGCAAGCAGUCUCAUCUUUUACAGUGCUUUGGCUUCCCUGUUUGAAAGUUUUCAAUUUUGUAGUGCUGGAUUUCUAUAGCAAUGUGGUGCCGUCACGAUUUGACAGAAUUCUACGGGUUCACUAUAAUGGUGAGAACAUACGCCAGAAAAACUCAGAGGGGAGCUGGCAUUAACUACUCUGAAGAGGAUUUAGAAAAAGCUAUCAAAUAUGUUCGGAAUGGCAAUUGUACCACCAGAGGAGCAGCUACAUUCCACAGUGUUCCUAGAUCUACACUGAAACACCAUAUUCUGGGCACACGGGGUAAAGGAUUCACUUCAAAAAACAGCAAAGAAGGUGGUGGUGGUGGUGGUGGUAGUGGUGUUGAAUCGUUCUUGUCUGCUGCUGAAGAAGAAGAGAUUGGGAACUGUUUGAAAGUAUUGGACCGAAAUGGUUGUGGCUUAUCUCGACAAGGAGUUUUGGUUUUAGUUCAAUGUUACAUCAGACAAAACAGCAUCCCUUGAAGAUUCAAAGACCAGAGGCCUGGUGUAGACUGGUUUAUAAAUUUUAGAAUUAGGCACCACUUGUCACUCAAGAAACCACAAAGUAUUGAACAUGUAAGUGUGAGCAAGUCAACCCAGGGGUAGUACACAACUUCUUUGAUGUUUUAGAAAAAACUGCAAGGGAACUGAAUCUUCAUGGAAAACCAGAGAGCAUUUUCAAUUGUUAUGAAACCUCGUUUUGUCAUGAUCCAUCGAAAACCAGAAUUGUUUGGGUCAUUGGCGCAAAAAGCAGAUGCAAAACAAGUGCAUCUGGGCAUGAAAAUACAUCGGUGCUCUUAUGUUGUUCUGCUGCAGGACAAUAGCUUCCAUUACUGUGCAUAUUCAAAGGCAAAUAUGUAAUGGAGAGUUGGAUUAAUGCAGAUCUUGCUUCGCAAACAGCAAUUUCAGCAAGUGCACGCGGAUGGAUGGAAACCACUUUACUCUUCAAUUGGUGUCUACGAAAUAUAGGUAAAGAAAGGCCAGUGCUGUUGAUUUAUGAUGGUCAUACUACACAUAUUUCAACUAAUUUGAUAAGACUAGCCCAACAAAAUCAAGUCAACAUUAUUAAGCUACCUCCCCAUACUACACACCUAUGACAGCUUCUCGAUGUGGCAGUUUUUAAAAGCUUCAAGAGCAAAUGGGACAGUGAAUUAUGUAAAUGGCAAAGAGGAAAUCCACGGAAAAAUAUCCCUAAGCAGACAUUUGUCUCACUUUUAACCAGACCGGCCCAAGAUGUGCCAAUAACAAAUAUUAUCACUGGAUUUAAGACUACUGGAAUUUAUGAUUGGGAAGUACAGGGGGUUAACAAAGAAGUAAUCCCAACUUCAGUAUCCAAGACAACUGAUCUGAUGAAGUACAAAAAAAUUGCCUAAAUCCAAAUGUGCCACCACAGGCAGCUACUAUCUGACAAGAAACAGACUUCCACUCAACAGACAUAGUGUCUUCAGAAAUCACUUCAGCUUCUAACCCUAUAGACACAAUGCCACUGGGAAUGGUUGCUAUUUCUGCAUCCACAGCUACAAACCCACCAGGAGUAGCCAGUACAUCCACAGCUGCAAGCCCACCAGCAGUAGCCAAUACAUCCACAGGAGUAUGUCGUGAAAGUUUUGAAGACCUGUCAUUAGACAUGCUUAAGAGUGAGAAAAAACCUGAAAUAGGUGAUAAGAAGCGUAAAAGACUUUUGACCAACUGUGAGAUUAUUACAUCAAAACAAUAUUUAUUAAUGAAAGAAAAAGAGUGGUAAGUGAACAGAAAGACACUCAACCACACUGCAAGAGAAACGCAGAAAGAGUUGGCAAAGAUCAACCUUUCUAAGUCUGUUGCCAGCCAAAAAUUAGUGAAGAAAGUGAUCAAUUUUCUGCAUGUGACAGUGACGAUGAUUAUGCUUUUAUAAGUUAUACUGACAAAGAAUUAGAUGAACACGAUGUGAAUUCAAUAGAAGUGGGUGAAUAUUGUGUUGUCAAAGACUAUGAAAAAUCAGAAGUGAAUUUCAGGCUGUACAUAGCAAAAGUAACAAACCAGUCACACACUGGAUAUGAUGUCAUGUUUUGCAGACGUCAUUCCCAAACAAUGAAAUUUAUGAAAACAGAAGAAGGGGCUUACAUUGCCAAAAAAGAUGUAGUAAGGAAGCUGUCAAAGCCUCUUAAAAGCAGCUCUGCUAGCUUCAAGGACAUGAUUAGCUUUACUGAUGAUUUGAGUGACCUAUCACAUAUUUAUUAACAUUUUUUAACUACACAUAUAGUAUAAAACUUAAAUAUUAAUACCUGUA